AUGUCAAUAAAGUAUGCGGUCAUCGCAAGAGAUCCUGAUAUGCCUCUAUGAGAAUAUACUGCUGAUUCUAGCUUGCCUGAGAAAGCGAAGAAAUCAAUGCGGGAGUACCUUCAAGAAGGAAUUAAUAUGCAAAGGAAUGCUAGUACUAUGGACAACUUUAGUGAGCUGAUAGCCUGAACUCUUUAUGAUACAAUACUCUUUGCUUGUAUUUGUGAUGCCAGUAUUAAUGAGGAUAAAGCAUUCCGGUUCCUCAAAGAUUUAAAAAUAGAGUUUGCAAAGGUUUAUAAGGGCCAUCUAGAGAAAGUCCAUGAGCAACAAAAUAUUCGACCUCUUUGUCUUGAUAAAUACUUCAGAAAGACCUUUAUUAAGAUUCUUGAUAAUUAUAGUACAGGGAUUAGCUCGAAGAAUCUACAAUUAGCCUUUGCUAAGGCUGAGGAGGUCAAGGAGAUCGCCCAAAAAAAUGUCAAGGAUAUGAUCAAAUAAUGUACAUGAAACAGAUGAACUUCUCCAGAAAUCAGAAAACAUUAAUGAACUAGCAAAAGAUUUUGAGAAAAAUGCACAUGAGAUGGAGAAGAUUCAGAAGAAUACAAACUUCUGGCUCUGCUCCAAGAAGUGCCUCAUUAUAUUCGGAGUGAUCAUCCUCUUGAUAUUCAUAGCUUACCUGAUCCUCUCGUUCUCUGUUUGAGGCAACAUGGCUCUGCUCUCAGGCUGCUAA